AACAGAAAGAACAGUUGCCCUCUAGGCAUACCGAAACGACGUCGCUUUUAUUGUGGCUUGAACGCCAGAUACGGCAAACCAUUCAACCAAAUCGGACUCUCCAUUUUCCCUCAAUUCCCUAAAAUCACGAUUAGGGUUAGGGUUACACACACUUCUCUCCUUUUACCCAUCUCCCCAAAACAAUUUUUUUUCUCAACAAUUUUCCCAAUCCCCCAAAAUGGCAAGCAGAUCCGGCAACAGACAACAGGCUAAUUCCGGUGGAGCAAACACAAACACGGCGGCGGCACCGGCGGUGAAACCAGCGAUGAGAAAGCCAGUUUUCGUGAAAGUGGAUCAGUUGAAACCGGGAACAAGCGGUCACAAUCUUACUGUUAAGAUUGUGAAUGCCAACACUGUGCUCAGUAAGAAACCUAGGAAUCCAUCUUCCUUGCGUGUUCCAGCACGACCUCAGAAUAACACUCGCAUCGCUGAAUGUCUUGUUGGCGAUGAAACUGGAUCCAUCCUCCUCACUGCUCGUAACGACCAAGUUGACUUGAUGAAGCCAAAUGCCACAGUCAUACUUCGAAAUGCAAAGAUUGACAUGUUUAAGGGAUCUAUGAGGCUAGCUGUUGAUAAAUGGGGCCGUAUUGAGGUUUCUGAGCCUGCAACUUUCGCGGUCAAUGAAGAGAACAAUUUGUCCUUGGUUGAGUACGAGUUGGUGAAUGUCGAAGAAUAGAAGUGGGUUUACAUAACUAAGGGGGGUAAAUUUGCUUUUGUGGGUAUCUGUUUUUGGUAUACAAAUCUCACUAAAUAAAUUAGUUGUUGCGUUGAAGAUGCUUAACAUGUGGUAGGACUAAUCUAAUGUCAGUUCCUUGUAAAAAGGAUUCACCUUAUCAAGAGUGUGUUAAGGUGGGUGUUACUUGUUAUUAUUAUUAAUAUAUCUUGCUUCCAGUCCA